UAUAUUCAAAUAAAAAUUCAAAAUGGCGCUGAGCAGUCAGGAAUUUGAAUGGCCCCAUCAGCUCUGUUGCUUCUGCUUAGCUAAAGCUGCUUUUUGAUUUUUCACACUUCACGGCUUCAAAAAACUCCAUUUUAUUCACACCUUCUCUCUCACUCCCACCACUUCAUCAUCACCAAACACACACUCCUCCCCUUUGAAAUUCUCAAAAAGAAAAAGCAAAAGAAGAAAUGGAAGCUGCAUCCCCGCCGUCCGCCACCGCACCCGAUUCCUCCCCAAAACCCUCCAAGAAAAGCUUCGUGGCUUCACUAAUGGAGGCCGCCGCGCUCCGCUCGCCGUCCUUCAAAGAAGACACCUACUUCAUCUCCCACCUCAAAAACUCCGAGCGCAAAGCCCUCAAAGACUUCAAAGACAAGCUCAUGGCGGCCCACGGCCCCGAUUCCAUGUGGGGCAUCCCACUGUUAGGCAAUGCAGACGAGCGCGCCGACGUCCUCCUCCUCAAAUUCCUCCGCGCUAGGGAUUUCAGGGUCCAGGACGCCCUCAACAUGCUGCUCAAAUGCUUGAAUUGGCGCAAGGAGUUCCGCGCCGACGCCGUUUUGGAGGAGGAUUUGGGGCUCAAGGAGCUCGAAGGCGCCGUCGCCUAUAUGCAUGGAUUCGACAGAUGCGGACAUCCUGUUUGUUAUAAUGCCUAUGGGGUUUUCAAGGACAAAGAGAUGUACGAUAAGGUCUUCGGCGACGAAGAGAAAUUGAACAAAUUUUUGAGGUGGAGAGUUCAGAUUCUCGAACGAGGGAUUAAGCUCUUGCAUUUCAAACCAGGCGGCGUUAAUUCCAUUAUUCAAGUUACAGAUCUCAAAGAUAUGCCCAAAAGAGAGCUCAGAGCUGCUUCAAAUCACAUUCUCUCGCUCUUUCAAGAUAAUUAUCCAGAAAUGGUUGCCAGAAAGAUCUUUAUAAACGUGCCAUGGUACUUCAGUUUGCUGUACUCAAUGUUCAGUCCGUUUCUGACUCAACGAACCAAGAGCAAGUUCGUGAUAUCCAAGGAAGGAAAUGCUGCCGAGACGCUUUACAAAUUUAUUCGGCCCGAGUACGUCCCGGUUCAGUACGGCGGGCUGAGUCGACCCAGUGACUCGCUCGCCGGCCCGCCCAAACCCGCUUCCGAGUUCACCGUCAAAGGUGGUGAGAAAGUCAACAUUCAAAUCGAAGGAAUUGAGGCUGGUGCGACAAUAACAUGGGAUAUAGUUGUGGGAGGAUGGGAGCUGGAAUACAGCGCGGAGUUCGUACCGAAUGCGGAGGAUAGCUACACCAUCGCGGUGGAGAAGCCGCGGCGGAUGGCGGCGGCCGAGGCGGCGGUGCAUAACUCCUUUGCAGCGAGGGAUGCCGGAAAAAUGGUGCUUUCUGUUGAUAACACGGCCUCCCGUAGCCGGAAGGUUGCUGCCUACCGAUAUGUAGUUCGCAAAUCACCAUAAUUUUAAUUAAAUCUUGUGGGGAGUCCAGAAUUGGUUGCUGCUGUUUUUAUUUCGUUUAUGUUUUUUUUUAAAGAUUGUGGCUAUCUUUAAUUAUUAUCGAGUUUUUGGAUUCGUGUUUUAUAUGUAAAUUAUACUAAUGUUUUUAGUUUAGGGGAUUUAGAAAACAUAUUGAAUGUUGACUCUAAUUAGUGUUUAGUAGUAGUAAUAAUAAUUCCUAAUAUUUGUAUGGGUAUUUUUAA